AUGGAAUCAGAUUCGGAAAGCAGCGAUGCCAAUGUCUGGGACUUCAGGCUUGCGCGCAAGUUCUCCCAUGCCUUCAAUUCAAGUUUCGAAUCCGAAUCCGAAUUCGCCACCGAACUCGACGUCCCCGACCUGGCACGAUACGAUCCCAGAUCAGAUGUCCCCAAGAACUUGGGGGACUUUGACCGACUGUUCAUAUUCCUUGGUAAACCCUUGGAUAUUCCCCCACCGACAGUAAGACGUCUUUCGACAAGUUCGUCUUUGUCUGCGGGUACGCUCGGUCAAUCAACGCCACCAACAUCCGCCCAGGAAGAUAAUGAGCUAGACGAUCUGGAAAUUUGGGACUUAAAGAAGGAGGUUCGAUGGGAGGACGAAAGAUGCCGGCGCAGCCUUUGCAACAAAGAUUGGUGCCCGACGGAAGAUACUAUAGGGAGGGUGGCUCUUGCGCCUACUCGAACACUGGCCGUAGAGCCUUUUACGCAUAGCAAUGGGUUUGGUACCGGCAAUAAAGGAAUACUCGGUACUCCUCAGGAACUUUCAACUUUUGCAAAGUCUUAUAAACCGAGCUCUAUACUAUCUUCUCGGAAACUACCCGUUGACCGAGCUUCCGUCAGGCUGUUCCAACCGGUAUCACCUCAGCCAAUCCCAUUGAAGCGUUAUUUCGAUCACAAUAUCAUUCGACCUCUUCAUAUUCUUACACCUGAGGAGCAAAAUACCCAGCUCUUGGAGAAACUGGCCAUGAACUUCCCAAAUGAGGCGACACAGAUAAGCCGGUGCCCGCCGUUAGGAGACACCAUGCCCGGCGGAAUUCACAUAUUCGUCGACCUGUCCAACAUAAUAAUUGGCUUUGCUAACAAGCUUAAGCUGGAAAGAAAAUUUUCAGAAGAGGCACGUGUGAGGCAGCCGCCUCUUGCCUUCCGUUCUCUUGCCCACAUUCUCGAAAGAGGUAGAGGUGUUGCUAGACGUGUGGUACUUGGCUCGAUGAUUUUUAAAGCGGACUCGCAAGAGAAACAGCCGAGCUUUCUAGCAGACGCUAAGCUGCUUGAGUACGAGGUCAAUAUUUUAGCAAGGGUGGCUAAACCCCGGCAAACUACAAAACCGAGGAAGGCGAAACGUGGAACGGGUUAUGGCUUCGUCACUUCCGGAUAUUCGAGCGCAUCAGAGUGCACAACAGCUCGACUGGUCAUGCAGGAGCAAGGGGUGGAUGAGAUUUUACACAUGAAGAUUUUGGAAAGUCUGGUAGAUAACGAGAAGCCUUCGACCAUUGUUCUUGCCAGCGGCGAUGCAGCUGAGGCCGAAUAUUCGGGAGGAUUCCUGAAAAUGGUCGAACGAGCUCUUCAAAAGAACUGGAAAGUGGAGAUUGUCGCUUGGUCUUCGGGCCUCAGUUUCGAAUACCGGCGGAGAGACUUCCUCAAAAAGUGGGAGGGGAAGCUCAAAAUUAUCAACCUGGACACCUAUUGUGAGGAAAUGCUCGCGAUGUAUGCCAACGUGUCUGGCAACACUGGUCUCUUGUGUAUGGAUGCAGCAGGCUCGAAUACGAUUACGAACACGGAUGAAGCUGCAUAA